AUGGAAAGCUUGUUCAUCGUUCUAACCCUAGCAUCAUGGGCCACUGCAGCUCGCCUAGAAAACGUAUACCUUCCACCUAACUCUGGUGCAUCGAGUGGAGUGGAUGUAGGUCUGAAGACACCCUUUGUAGACUCUGCAUCAUCAGCCAGUAGCCAGGCCGACAUCCUGAGGUACGAGAACGAGAUCGAUAGUGACGGCUGGCAUUAUGCAUAUGAAACUAGUGAUGGAACUAAAGCUGAACAAAACGGUCGCGUACUUCCCGGUGCCGCACCAGAAGAAGGUUCUCUCCAAGUGUCAGGCUCUUACUCAUAUAUCAGUGAUGAUGGUCAGACAUACUCCAUCAGCUACACUGCUGACGAGAACGGCUACCACCCCGUCGGUGACCACCUCCCUACCCCACCCCCAAUCCCUGAAGCUAUUCUGAAAAGUUUACAGUUAACUGCGGGUGGUGACGGUCAGUACAGCAAACAGAAGAGCAGCUAUGACGCUGACGCUGGUUAC